AUGUCGAGAUCGUCGGAUAAAGUAAUGAAGUUGAAUGUCGGUGGGGUGUUUUAUACCACGUUGAAAGCCACCUUAGCCACAUAUCAUGGAACCUAUCUGUGGAGAAUUGCUAUGGGCAACCAAUACUGUCCCAAAGAUGAUCGAGGGAACUAUGUUAUUGAUAGAGAUGGACAUUGUUUCAGACACAUUUUAAACUUUCUACGUACAUCCCAUGUAUUACUACCAACUGGUUUUAGAGACCUGGAGAUACUACGUGAAGAAGCUAGAUUUUAUGGCUUAGAUGAAAUGGUUAAAGAGCUCAACAUCAUGCUGGAAAAAAGAUUUCGUAAACGUCGAGGUCGUGGCUUGAAUAAAAGAUUUAGCUCGAGUAUGGGAGAAAAUAUGCAUCAGAUCCAAGAAGAUGAUGACUUGGAUUUUUUCGAAGAUAGUUAUCUGGAUUAA